AGCUUCCCGGGAUGAGGGCUCCCGGCGUGGGCGCCGGCCGAGCCCCUGGUCGCUGAGAGGCCGGGCGAGGCGCGGAGAUGGGGGUGCGCGGAUGUCCUGCCCGACUGCUUCUGCCGUCCUUGCUGCUGCUUUCUCUGGGCCUCCCAGUGCUGGGUGCCCCCCAACGCCUCAGCCUCAUCUGUGACGUCCGAGUGCUGGAGAGGUACAUCCUGGAAGCCAAGGAGGCAGAGAAUGUCACGAUGGGCUGUGCUGAAGGCUGCAGCUUGAGCGAGAAUAUCACUGUCCCAGACACCAAAGUUAACUUCUAUGCCUGGAAGAGGAUGGAGGUCGGGCAGCAGGCCGUAGAAGUCUGGCAGGGCCUGGCCCUGCUCUCGGAAGCCGUCCUGAGGGGUCAGGCCCUGUUGGCCAACUCCUCCCAGCCAUCGGAGACCCUGCAGCUGCACAUGGACAGAGCCGUCAGUGGCCUGCGCAGCCUCACCUCCCUGCUUCGGGCGCUGGGAGCCCAGAAGGAAGCCAUCUCCCCUCCAGUCGCAGCCUCAGCUGCUCCACUCCGAACGUUCACUGUAGACACUUUGUGCAAACUUUUCCGAAUCUACUCCAAUUUCCUCCGUGGAAAGCUGAAGUUGUACACGGGGGAGGCCUGCAGGAGAGGGGACAGGUGACCGGGUGCCCCCUUCUGGUCACGGCCACCACCUCACUCACCACCAUUGCCUGCGCCACGCCUUCUCCCACCACUCCCAACCCCC